CCGCACGAAGUAAAACUUGUUUGGACGACUUUAUUGUGAUUGGAUGGAAGAAUCAAGGGGCGGUGCGUUGUUUUGCGAUCACAGAAGCGCACUGCACGAGACAUCGGCCAAGACUACAUCGUACUGAAUUUAAAAACAACAACGGGAAAAUGGACUUCAGUUUACGUGAUGCCUUCACAGGCGGCGCACCUAAGACAACUCAGGAGAGUCUGUUGAAGAGAGAUUUCAUGGCAGAGUUAGAGGCGCAGACCUUUGAUGAUAAAGUAGGUGAGACUGUUGGAAAGACAGAAUAUCGCCCCCUUGUGGAUGGGAUGGAAGGAAAGAGGGAAGGUAGGUUUAAAGGAGACUCUUCGCCACAGCAUGACUUUGCAGUCAGCAGCCUAAGUGCAUCCUUAUUAUUUGGCUUUUUGUCUGGAGGCCAGACUGGGGGUCUUCGUCAAGACCCUCAAGGAGAGAUCCGUCCCAGUUCGCCUGGACAGUAUGCCUACAAGAAUGACUUUCAAUCAGGCCCGACCUCAAUGAUCGGAAUGCCUGCCCAAACGGGACACCAGCAGAUGGGAUCUACAAUGAAGGAUAACAGCAGGGACUCUUAUAUGGGGUUCUCCCAGCCUGUGGGUAUGAAUAUUAACGUUGGCAUGGCCCCUUUCCAGAACUCCAAGUCCCCUGACCUUCAGAAAAAGACUUCACCCUUGUUUGCCCACGAACCACCCAAACCAUCCCAGAUAACUUCUAGUCCAAGUGAAACAAGUCCUCGUAACAGCCAGGAUUAUUCUCCAGAAGUUUGGGGAAAUCCUCGGACAGGUGUGGAAAUGCUCUCUACGGAGCAGUCCCAUGCCCUCAACAAGACAGAACAGAGUUUCACCGAUCUCUUGGGUUCCCAUAGUCAAGAUGCACCGUCUGGGGAAGAACAGUCCAUUGAGGAGGAAACCGAGAAGCAGCAAAAGCGAAAAAAGAAAAAACGCAGGAAUAGGGAAGAAAUGUAUGACUUCCUGGAUAGCCUUGGUUCCCCUGAUUCUGAAGAGACCCCAUCGGAAAGCUCCAACCACGGCUGUCCUUCACCCCCAAGUGAGAUCCAAGAGCGAGGGGGAGGGUGCAUCAAGGCAAAGAAGAGCAAGAGCAGGAUGAAGCUUCCCGAAGAGUGGGGUGCUCCUACAGGAAAUAGUAGCAUAUCUGGGAUCUCUCACCCUAAUACAUCGAACAUGAUGGACAUAGAUUACAGCAGCUCUAAUGUGGGUGACUCCAAGACACAAUCCCAAGUUAGCAUUGGUCAAGGGAGUCUGUCGCCCUCUUUCACACCCAAUUCUCUUCACCUCACGGACACACAAGCUUGCAAAACCCAACCAACUGGUCAGGGAAGCACCUCCUUAUUCACCAGUUACCCUGGCACCACUACCACUCAUGUAGAUGAUGAAGAUAAAACUUCCAAUGAUAAUUUAGGUGGAAAAACUAAAUUAGCACUGCCUGGUAUUCACCCCUCAAAUCAACUACCCAUUGACUCCAAGAAUGACCAUACACACCCAACCGAUCCUAACCAGUCAACCUUCACCCUCAGCCCAACACACACCGUCAUGUUACUCGACUCAGUGCUGCAGGAGCAGACCCCAGACGCAAGCCCCCCAUCUCAGAGCACACCUGUGAAAACCCCUCUCCCUCAAAUCCCUGCCAUAGAAUCUGGUCCCAAUCCAACCCAUGGCCCACUGACCAUUGGCACCGAUAGCCCUGUCUCCCAGAGUACUCUAGCCACCAGCCACUCCUUCCCAACAGUCCCACCUGAGGCACUACCUUUCGUCCCGUCACUAACAGAGAAGCAGGAGCCCCCGCUGGCACAGCCCCCCCUACUGGAAGGUUGGACAAUUGUUACAAGAAACGUAAGGAUGUCAUCUCAGCGCUCGGAGUGCAGAGAUCUGUGCUCCAUGCCACCCUCCAUGCCAGGUUUGGCAUCAUCAUCCACUUCCCAGGGAUGGACCUGGCAGCAGGGGAAAGCAGACAACCUGGCAUCCUCUAGGCUCUUGGAGGACAAGCAAGGCUUCCCCACCAGGUCAACAACACUUAACCAGGAGCCAGAUCAGUGGGUUACCAGUCAACAAAACAACAGAAGUGGGACAAAUUUGGGCAGUAUGGCAGAAAGCCCUACAAGUCUGUCAUCCUCUCCAUCACCUGUUUCUCCAGGAAGACCUCUUUCCACCAAUGGGGUCACUCCUGGAUCCACUGGGUCACUCUCAGGACAGAUCUGUUCAGAUCUGCACAAACCAGACAAUGACUGGAAUCCACCUCCAAGCAUCUCCGGUAUCAGCAAUAAGACAUAUCAGACACAAAACCCCACACCGAAUUACUGCGUGAUUAGCGUGGUAAAUGACAGCUAUGCGGAGGGUACGUUUGAGGGCAAAACGGAGACACACCCACCACCGGGUACGUUCCCCAUGCAACAGAACAGAGUGGUCCAGCGCACGAUGUCAGAUAGUACGCACCUGACAGUGCCUGCUAGUGUCCAACUGCCUGAUAAAUAUCCAGGCAAGGACGUGCCGCCUCUUCAAGCUGCUGUCAAAUGCUUUACAGUGGAUGAUAAACAGAGCAUCCUGCCAUCCACAAAUAUCUCAUCUGCUAAGAAAGAUCUGCCCGCUGGAGCACCACAGACCCCUGACAGGGAUCAAUUACAACCAUUGGAAAGUUUGAAGGCUGUUUCUACCCCUGCCUUCAGUGAUGUUCAACCAAAAGGAAACUGUAACGUGAAAGAAGACAAGACAGGCAAGGAAAAAAUGGAGAAGGUGGACAACAUAAACAUUACCGAGAAGCAAGAUAAGCCUGAAAAGAUGGAGAAGAUCGAUCAUCUGGAAAAGAGCAAUGAGAGCACAAAGAAAACAGACAAUGUGGAUAAAACUCAGAAGAAUGAGCAGAUCAUCAAAGAUGAGAAGACAGCCCAGAAAGAGGAGAAACAAGACAAUAAGGUUGAGAAACAUGAGAAGAUAGAUAAACCUGAGAAGACAAACAAAGAGAAAGAGGAAAAGAAGGAGCAUGGAGAAAAAUUGGACAAGACAGCCAAAGCUGAGAAGAACGUCACAGCUUCUAAAGGACCUGCCAAAUCCCCAACAGCUAAUGGAAGCAAGCCGGUGACGAGCCCUGACAGUAAAGCUAAGCCUUCAGUUGGGUCAACCAAACAAAGCUCAACAAGACCAAACUCGCUGUCCACUGGACACAGUGCUGCCACCAAACGCAUCUCCCCCACCACCAACUCUGCUAAUAAAAAAAGUCCAGUGCCCAAGGCAACAACCCCCACCACCGGAUCCAAGAAAUCCCCUACCUCCAAGUCCGCUGAGAGUGGCACAGCAACUCAGCGCCGCCCUCCAGUGCCAAAAGCUAAAGCUGCAUCUGCUACCAACUCGAAAACUGGCACCAGCACCCCAGCAACUACCAAGUCUGCUCGUCACUCCUCCGCUACGAAACCUGAAAACCACGCAGGAGAGGUGAAAAAGACAACACCAGUUAAAACUACCCCAAAGUCAGCCCGCACGCCAACCUCUGCUAACGCCACCAGCACAGACGGCACCAAUGGGACCCCUCGUCCCUCUCGCAUCACCAAACCCCCCGUGCCCAAGCAGACACCCUUGGAAAGGAAGCCCCCUGUGCCUCGAGCACCCCGAAAUGUCCGACCCACCAAUGCACCUAUGCCUGAUCUGAAACAUGUACGUUCCAAGAUCGGUUCUACGGAUAACAUAAAAUACCAGCCUGGUGGAGGCAAGGUCUCUGCAGCCCAGGGCAAGGCCGAUGCUCUGCCAAAGACCAACCAGGGCAAAGUUCAGAUCGUGCACAAAAAACUGGACUUCAGCCAUGUCACCUCCCGAUGUGGCUCCAAGGACAAUAUCAAGCAUGUUCCUGGAGGAGGAAAUGUUCAGAUUUUAAAUAAAAAGGUUGAUUUGAGCAAAGUAACCGCAAAAUGUGGAUCCAAGGAUAACAUGAAGCACAAGCCAGUUGGUGGUGAUGUGAAGAAUGAAUCCCAAAAUAUGAACGGCAAGGCCAAAGUGGGAUCACUGGACAAUGUAGGCCACGAACCAGGAGGUGGAAAUGUCAAGGCUGAGGGGGUUCAGCAGAAAUCUGAGGGAAGCCCAUCUUCUCCUGCCAUCUCUCCACCAUCUCAAAUGGGCAGUGGGGCAAAGGAGAAUGGGCUAAAGGAGAUCUCUCCUACCCCUGUACUCUCUUUGGGAGAAGGGCCCCGGGACUCCCAGGGCCUGGACAAACGCAUUCCUGGGACAAAUUAAGUCUUACAAGCUGACCAUCCGCGAGAACGCACGAGCUCGCACGGACCACGGCGCAAAAAUCAUCUAUUGGUCCCCCCUGAGUGGCAGCCACCCCCACCCACAUCGCAGCACCUCUUUCAGUGUUUCUCUGGGGUCCGCCAUGUCCUCACACACAACCCAGCUCGUU